GUAAGCGACCUCACUGUUGCAGGGAGACACGAGACCUUCAGAAUACAUUAUUCACUACUGCUACCUGCUACUGCUACCUGUGUGUCUACCAAUUAUAUGUUUAACAGCUAAUAGCUCCUUUAUUGUUGCAUGUAAGUGUGCUCUUAUUUUGAAGACAGAAUCACUAAUUCCGGUUACAUACUGCUCUAGUCACUUCCAGGCGGUGUACCGGGCACAACGGACUGUCCUCAUCAUCAUCUCUACGAGAAUCGUUUGAAGAACAAUCAGUGAAAUGUGUGGUAUCUGGGCUCUGUUCGGCAGUGAUGAGUGCCUCUCAGUUCAGUGCACUAGUGCCAUGAAGAUUGCUCACCGGGGCCCUGAUGCCUUCCGCUUUGAGAAUGUCAAUGGCUUCACCAACUGCUGCUUUGGCUUUCACCGGCUAGCCAUUGUGGACCAGCUUUACGGCAUGCAACCCUUACGCAUCAAGAAGUUUCCUUUCUUGUGGCUCUGCUACAAUGGAGAAAUUUACAACCAUCACACGCUGAAGAAGAAGUUUGAGUUUGAUUACCAGACUAAAGUGGAUGGUGAGAUUUUGCUCCACCUGUAUGACCGCUUUGGCAUCCAGAAGAUGGCCUCUCUCCUGGAUGGUGUGUUUGCUUUCAUUCUGCUGGACACUGCCAACAGAAAGGUCUUUUUGGGAAGGGAUACAUAUGGUGUCCGACCUUUGUUCAAACUCCUCACCGAUGAUGGAUUUCUUGCUGUCUGCUCCGAGGCUAAAGGCCUUAUAGACAUUACCCAUGCAAUGGCCACCCCUGCCAACAUUGUCCCCUUUCUCCCUGGGUACUUUGAGGCCUUUGAUUUGAAGAAGAAUGGCAAGGUUCAGUCUAUUCAGAUGGAGCAGUUUCACUGCUGCACGCAAGAGCCUGCUCACGCCAUCUACGACACCAUGGAGAGACUACCUACACGGUUUGAUGAGGAAACAGUGAAAAGCAACAUCAGAUCCCUGUUUGAGAAUGCUGUAAGGAAACGUCUAAUGGCUCACAGGAGAAUAGGUUGUCUUCUGUCAGGUGGUCUGGACUCCAGUCUGGUUGCUGCUACACUGGUGAAACUGGCCAAAGAGGAGAAGCUGCAGUAUCCCAUCCAGACAUUUUCAAUUGGCUCAGAGGACAGUCCAGACAUCAUAGCUGCUCGCAAGGUUGCAGCUCACAUUGGCAGUGAACACCAUGAGGUGAACUUCACUGCAGAGGAAGGCAUCCAAGCAGUAGAGGAAGUCAUCUUCCACCUGGAGACCUACGACAUCACCACCAUACGUGCCUCUGUUGGGAUGUACUUGGUUUCCAAGUACAUCAGGGAGAAGACAGACAGUGUGGUGAUCUUCUCUGGAGAGGGUUCUGAUGAGCUGACUCAGGGAUACAUCUACUUCCACAAGGCUCCAACUCCUAAAGCAGCAGCAGAGGACAGUGUUCGACUGAUGAAGGAACUCUACCUGUUUGAUGUUCUCCGUGCUGAUCGCACCACCGCUGCACAUGGUCUGGAGCUCAGAGUGCCUUUCCUGGACCACAGAUUCACAGCAUACUACCUCUCCUUACCAGAAGAAAUGAGGAUUCCUAAGCAUGGAGUGGAGAAGCACCUUCUGAGGGAAUCCUUCAAAGGUCUCAACUUGAUGCCUGAUGAGAUCCUGUGGAGGCGUAAAGAAGCCUUCAGUGAUGGUAUGAUGUCUGUGAAGAAGUCCUGGUAUACCUGCCUGCAGGAACAUCUGGAAUCAAUGGUGAACGAUGACCAGAUGGAGAAGGCUCACAAGACGUUCCCUCACAACCCUCCGUGCUCCAAAGAGGCCUACUACUUCAGGCAGGUGUUUGAGAAGCACUUUCCAGGCCGAGCUGAGUGGCUCUCCCAUUACUGGAUGCCACGCUGGAUCAACGCCACCGACCCAUCAGCCCGGACCCUGUCUAUCUACAAACCUGAUAAAGACCAGUGAUGCACUGGAACAGCUGUGUGCCAGUAUCUGUCAGUCAGCAAUAUACUGGCCUUCUUUGUUUGUUCUACAUGUGCCAUACUAAGCUUUACUUUGUUUAACUGAGAUCAAAUCUAUCUUUCUUCUGAAUUUGUUUGUAUUACCUCACAUGACGUUUGUCAGGCCUUGAUGGAGUUUGUCAGACUUUCAGAUUGAGCUGUACUUUGUCAGACCUAUGUGUUUAGGGAGUUCUAGUUAUUCAGAAAUUAAUGGGAAGCUUCUCGUCCGUUGCUUUUGGGAUGUGUCACAGCUUUGCAACCAUUUUAAAGCAGCAAGGCUGACGUGUGUGCUCCAGCUGCAGCCUAGCAUCUUGGGAUUGUUGUGCAUUCAUAUCCAGUGUGGGCACUUUGUACAACCUGCUGCAGGCUCUUUCAAAUGUUAAAGCUCAUGAAGGUCAGUGUUCUCAUUUGCACCACAAAAAUCACACCUUGAACAUCAGCAGUGUAGUUCAAACAGCACUCAAUCCUGUCAUUAGUGUAGGUCUUCUGUGUACUGAACUCCAUACAAAAUGGAGUUCACAAAUUGGAAGAAAGUAGACGUUAAGCUUAAUAGGACGCCUUGGGUUGCAGUAACACAAGUGAAUAAUGAGCUGUUAAAGGCCUGGUGUUAAUAGAUGUACUGAUGAGGCAGCAGUUUGUCUCACUGAUAUAUAUUUGUGAUAGUAGUUACAAAGAAUCAGUCUCAGUUGAAAGCUUUUGGCGCCAAAUCACUCAUUCCUCUGCAGCUUUAUCUGACAAACUCCAUUAACCUUAAUUCUUGGACUCUUUUUUUUUUUUUAUUUUCCAAACCAUAACAUUUAUCAUGAGAUGGGUUCACUACACUCCAGUCACUGGUUUUCAUUAAUGUCAUCAGCUAUAAUGAUAAUGUACCUGCAGAGACUUGAAGCUCGAUUGAAAUGGUGAUUCACCACAGUGAACACCUCAUCAUCUUUCGGGUGCUUCCCAAAUUCUUGAAGCCACAGGGAUGUGCAACUGUGUAGUCUGUCUUCAGAAGCUGCUAACCCAACAUUAUUCUGAACUGAAUUAGUCUGAUUAAUGUUUUCUAAUAAUUUAACUGGAUGCCUGUUUUGUUGAAACCAAUGUAUACAUUGGUUUGUUGGUUUUGGGUUUAACCUCAAAUGAAUUAUGUAGAGCUGCUAACACCAAAAAGGUUGAUGCUCCAGCUUGUUGACUAGGACUGUAUAUUAUGCAAUUUGUGUGAACAACAUCUUGACAGUUUCUCACGGGUAGAGGUGAGUCAUGUGUGAACCUUGUCAGAAAGAACUGGCAUGACUUUUCACACUUAGAAAUGCCAUCCCUGCUGGUUUCUCAGCAGUCUUGGGAUUGGACUGGCUAUGCAAACAUUUGUUGCAGGCAAAUGUAUGUCACACUAUGUUAGAGUGAUGAUAUGUACCUUGAUUUGUCAGACGUUAUAUAAUUUGAUGAUUAAUUUGCCAGUUAAUUAAACUAAAUUUUCCAAAGAUGUUAUCAUGAUAAAAAAAGUUACAUAUAUCAUAAUAUAACAUGUUUAUCCAGAUUGCCCAGGUCUUGUUUGACUGUGGAGAAAUGAACUGAUGAGUACAGGAAGUGGACAAAAUAUUACCUGACAACAUACUGCAGUUCAGCACCACUAACUAAACACAAUUUGAACAUUAUAAGCAAAGUUUUUGUUGCAAAGCUGGAUUGCACUAUAUUGUCACCUCUAUCAUAUUGUCCAUUCCCUCGCAUAACCAUUAUCUGCUUCUUGUUUUCUAGUAAUUGUUUCAUACUAAUUGUUACUAAAAUAAAUUCACCUCCUGGCAUUUAAA